AAUAAAAAUAUAAUAGUUUAGAUUAAAUCUCAAAACCAUAGAGCCCAUUAUCAAAAUGUGGUUUCCAAUAAGAACAGCUGGCUGUGCUUGGAGCCAAAGCCAUAUUAAGAAGGCCAUAUUAUUAAGAGCCGCGUAGUUAGGAGAGUUGGUUAGAAUUGUUUUCCCCUGUGCGAGGCGAAGAAGAAGAAGAAGGAAAAAGAUCGAAGAGGAAAAUGGGCGAAGUAAUCGGCUGCCAUACCGUCGACGCCUGGAACCUGCAACUCCAGAACGGCAACGAUUCCAAGAAACUCAUAGUUGUUGACUUCACUGCUUCUUGGUGCGCUCCCUGUCGAUUCAUCGCUCCAUUCUUGGCAGAGUUGGCCAAGAAACUGCCUGAUGUUGUCUUCCUUAAGGUGGAUGUGGAUGAACUGAGCGAUGUUGCAAGGGAUUGGGCCAUUGAAGCAAUGCCAACCUUUAUGUUUAUAAAGGAAGGGAGCAUUGUUGAUAAGGUUGUGGGAGCAAAGAAAGAAGAAUUGCAGCAGACCAUUGCCAAACACAUCACUGAACCAGCUUCAGGCUCCGCCGCGUCUUCUUCGUAGUUCGUGUUUCCAUGUCCUUACUUCAUCUUUUUUUAUUAAUUCAAAACAAAUUAGAGUUAAUUUUUGCACAUUCGAAAUUCUACGUUGGCCCUCGCACAAUCGUCUUAAGUUUGACAUAUUUUUAUUAUUAUAAUUUUUUUUUGAAGAAUUUUGUUUGAAAUUUGAGAAAUCAUUUCAUGGCAUCUUUUAAAUUUCAU